CGAUCAGUCCUUUCAUGAUAUUCGUCAGCGUAACGUAUCAACCUGGAACAUAAUUUUUUAAAUAUUUUAUAUAGUUAUAAAAUGAGUGUUACACAAAAUUGAUAAUUCAUUAAGAAAAUACGUCUCUUAUCGUCUCUACUACAGUGAUAUGUUUCAGCAGUAUAAUUGAUUGCGAUAGAGAUUGCAAGUCUUAGAUCUAUAAAAGCCGAUCCGUUUAAAGCAGUUGAGACUCUCGUUCAAGACGUCGGUAACUCCUCAAAUCUGAAUUUCAAGUGCCGCUCGCAGGAGUCUGUGUGAUAUAAAAAUAGAUAAAAUAAAAGACAUGAAAGACACGCGAUAAAGGGCAAGAAUACAAUUAAGAACAUAAGACGAUGAAGAAUAGCAUUUCCCCGCAAUCAGAGGCAGUACCGUACUACGGUGUGGUUAAUCACAGAUUUCGAGUUAGUCUCAGCGAGGAUGUCCCAGCGGAUUUGAACCCAGCAUCGGGUGAACCAAAAUUGGUCAAAAUGGAGUUCAAGCCUCAUAAGGAGACGCUUGGGGCUCAGUCGGAGUACAGGAAGGACACGGAGUGGAAGUUUGGUGACUCGGGGACGGACAAGGUCCAGGGCGUGGAUAAUCCUGGAUAUAGCCUGGAAGAGUAUGACGUUUUCGACGAGAACGUCGUGAGGCAUCGUCACGCAGUGAACGGAGAAGAUAAGGAAUUCAAAGUUCAAAGGCCGCGGUCGCUGAAUGAGAUCCCAACGUCAUCAAGAGUCUACAAAAGACCGUUCAGUCUGCAACUGGAUGAUGCAAGCAACAAGGGCGUCGCUUACGAAGUAAGUUCUGUGAAUACCGAGGGAAAUAAUAAUGGAAAUAUGGUACUGCAACUGGUGCUACCUCAGGCUGUCCUACGUGGCAUAUCGAGAGAGUCGCAGGAGUCCAUUCCAAAUUUAACUAGCCUACAGAAUGUCUCUGAUGUACCAUCAAACGAAUAUUACACGUAUGCACCAAGUGUAAUAAGUUACGCGAAUGGUACGAAAACGCCAAGAAGCGUCGAGGCUCACGUAGUAAACAAGAGCAAUGGGCUCAACAAUGGUAUCAACAAGGGAUUCAAUAGUUCGGCAAGCAUACACAGCGAAGCUGCAAGCUCCCAUGGACAAAUCCCACCACCGACCUCGGGUGAAAAGAAGAAAAAUAUGUUCAGAUCUUUUAUCUCUAUCAUCAUAUCUUGCAUCUAUGCUGUAUUUUUAGUUACUCUUGGUAUGGUUAUCUAUGUGGCUGAUAUUCUCACGGUGAACUCCUCUUUGGCUGCUACUUUCAAUCUAUAUCUGGUACUCGUUGGAUUCGUUUACCUGGGAUAUCUAUUUUUUGAUAUUCGAAGUUAUGCUAAUAAGGCGAAAAAACAUUUUAAGGCCACGACAAAUUACGAUAAGGAGGAUGAAAUUUCCUCUGUUAAUCUAAACGUGAAUAUUGUAUCGGUGCUUAAUCACGGAUUUUGCUUUGCUGUUGGUAGACACUCUGGAAGUUUUUAUUUGAAAGUUGGAGCAGCUGUCUUUUGCUUUGGACACUUAAUACAUAGUGGACUCUUAUUGGUAUACGAGAUCUUUUUCUUGACAUCCGAAGAAUUACAUGAAUGCUUCAGUCUGGUGGCACUUAUCUUUGACGUGGUUUAUCCGAUUUACUCCUUCUUUCAAUUGUUCUUUAUCUUCAAGUACGCCAACGUUAUCAUUAAUCACUGUAAGGAGAUAUCGAGGAUAUUGGUGAUGCAUAUGAUUGGAUCCAGCAUUUGUUUUUGGGUUUGGGCAAUAGUUCGUGAGAGUACUGAUUCCUUAUCGCGACAUGCAAAUGCUGCAGAUCAGACACCCGAGGAUGAUACUGCAGAGGUGGCAGCACUUAUUUCUUCGGACGGUAGUGCAUCUGUGGCCCUACCUUUGACCUCUUAUCAAGAAAGAGGUGCCAGAGAUUUGUUAGAAUUCCUAAACGGAAGUUUCAUCAAUACCGAGUGUCAACAUAUCGAAUUGAAUGUUAUAUACGAAAGAUUUUCACCAUACUUGUACCCUUUUACCAUCGAGUAUAGCAUUCUCAUUGUGGGAAUUUUGUACAUAAUCUGGAAUAACAUUGGCGAUUGUAAGAGAGGUGGCGGAAGCAGCGCCGAGGGUGUUCCCUGUCCACCUCUGGCAGGACCGGAAGCUGGAAGUAACAUUAUUUUACAUGCGGAUUGCACUCACACCAACCGUGGACUUUUUGGUGGCAUAUUAGUUCUUGUUGCCUCAAUCGUCUCAAUAAUUCUUUUCUUCAUUGCCGUGGCUGAACCGGAGUACGCUGCGAUUGGUAUUUGGGCCAAUCAGGUAACCGAAGCCGUUCUAUUGACAGUCAUGACUCUCUCAGCAAUAUUGGCCUAUAGGAAAAUAAUCAGAUUAGAUGUUAAUCAUCAUCCUAUUUCACUGCUGGAUGAUAUACUGUUAUUUAUAGCUAUUCCGGCAUUCUUUUUAUACGCCAUCUUUAGCAUUGUCCCAGCAGCCCAGAAGCGUGAUGGGUUAAAGAUCUUCUUAAUCAUUCUGGGGCUGACGCAAGUACUGAUUCAAACCCCCCUGAUCAUCGACGGACUUAGACGAUGCUCGAACGCAAAGAAAUACCGAAUUGAAAAGCCCGGCCGCGAACUCAUCACUUUCCUAGUAAUCUGCAACGUGGCACUUUGGAUAAUUGAAACUUUCGAAAUCAAAUCAACCGACAUGCAAGACGAUAGAUACGAAUUCUAUGGGAAGGUCCUUUGGACAAUCCUAAAGCACAUGACUGUACCAUUGACAAUGUUCUACAGAUUUCACAGUUCCGUAUGUCUAGUAGAUAUUUGGAAAAGUGCUUAUGAACCUGUUGAGCUUAAUCACUGAAAACAAAAAAAACUGCAAAAAACUUCAAAUUUAUCGACAAAACAAAAUUAUUAAUUAGUAUCUUAAUUGUUGACUAGUUUUAAGGUUUAAGCAAAAUUUUAUUAUUGUAAAUGAAUUUUAUGUCAUAUAGAUUGAUUGCUUAAGCGAAUCACUGAAUCUAAUUGUAUAUAUACCAAUAUAGUGCAAAGUACACUGACCAAUUUCGUAAGCA